AUGUCGCUACUGGGGACGAUUAACCCCAACCUUACCGAGGCUGAUCAAUCAGUCUCGGUGAGCCGAGAGGUACGCCGCCAUGACCCUGCCGCCAGUGUCAGUACCGAGGAUACUAUGAUGGGGGAGGAGGAGAAGCGGAUCGAUACCGCCGAUGAGGAUCUGAUUGACGAGGAAGUGACUCGCCUCGCUCGCAGGCUAACCCGCGAGUCAACUCGCUUCUCCACCAUGGAAGGCGAGAACACAUUCUUGGAAACCAAGGAGGAUUCGACUCUCAACCCCGCCAGUCCUAAUUUCCGUGCCCGCAAUUGGAUGAAGAACUUGUUGGCCCUGACCUCACGGGACCCUGAACGCUACCCGCAACGCCAGGCAGGUGUCUCUUUCCGCAAUCUCAGUGUGCACGGUUUUGGUAGUCCCACGGAUUACCAGAAGGAUGUCUUCAACUCCAUCUUCCAGAUUGGAGCUUUGGCCCGCAUGGCAACUGGUACUGGCAAGCAAAAGAUUCAGAUUCUGCGCGAAUUCGACGGUCUGGUCAAGAGUGGUGAGAUGCUUGUCGUGCUGGGCCGUCCCGGUAGCGGUUGCUCAACCUUUCUCAAGACUUUGGCCGGAGAGAUGAACGGUAUCUACAAGGACCCCACAUCCAAGAUGAACUACCAGGGUAUCUCCGACAAGCAGAUGAAGAACCAAUUCCGCGGUGAGGCCAUCUAUACCGCCGAAACCGACGUUCACUUUCCCCAGCUUUCGGUUGGUGACACCUUGAAAUUCGCCGCAUUGGCCCGUGCUCCUCGCAACCGCCCGGAGGGUGUCUCCCGCGAGCAAUAUGCAGAGCACAUGCGUGAUGUCGUCAUGGCCAUGCUUGGUCUGUCCCACACCAUUAACACCAAGGUUGGUAACGAUUUCGUUCGUGGUGUUUCUGGUGGUGAGCGCAAGCGUGUCAGUAUCGCCGAGGUCACCCUCUGUGGUAGCCCCCUCCAGUGCUGGGAUAACAGUACCCGUGGUCUGGACAGUGCCAACGCUCUGGAGUUCUGUAAGACUCUGAACUUGAUGACCAAGUACUCUGGUACCACCUGUGCGGUCGCUAUCUACCAAGCCUCCCAAAGUGCCUACGAUGUCUUCGAUAAGGUCACCGUUUUGUACGAGGGUCGACAGAUCUACUUCGGUCGCACCAAUGAGGCCAAGAGUUUCUUCGUCAACAUGGGUUACGAUUGUCCCGAGCGUCAGACUGAUGCCGAUUUCUUGACCUCACUCACCAGUCCUCAUGAGCGUGUUGUGCGCCCCGGCUUUGAGAACUUGGUCCCCCGCACCCCCGACGAGUUCGCUGCCGCCUGGAAGAACAGCAAGGAGUACCGCAACCUGAUCAAGGAGAUUGAAGACUACGAACAGAGCUAUCCCCUCGGCGGAGAGGCUCUGCAAAAGUUCAUUGUUGGCCGCAAGGCUAUGCAGGAUAAGAACCAGCGUGCCAAGUCCCCUUUCACAAUGUCUAUUAUGCAGCAGGUCAACCUCUGCAUGGUUCGUGGUUUCCAACGUCUCAAGGGUGAUGCCAGUCUGACUCUGUCUCAACUCAUUGGUAACUUUAUCAUGGCCUUGGUCAUCGGUUCCGUCUUCUUCAAUCUUCAAGACAACACCGACAGCUUCUUCUCUCGUGGUGCUCUUCUUUUCUUCGCCGUCCUCAUGAAUGCCUUCUCCAGUGCCCUCGAAAUCUUAACUCUUUACGCGCAACGUCCCAUCGUCGAAAAACAAUCUCGUUAUGCCUUAUACCAUCCCUUCGCAGAGGCCAUUGCUUCCAUGUUGUGUGACAUGCCAUAUAAGCUCCUCAACACCAUAACCUUCAACGUGACUUUAUACUUUAUGACGAAUCUUCGCCGCGAACCCGGUGCUUUCUUCUUCUUCCUGCUGUUCUCCUUGAUGACAACCUUGACUAUGUCUAUGAUCUUCCGUUCCAUCGCUUCAUCCUCCCGAACUUUGUCACAGGCUCUGGUGCCUGCUGCCAUCCUGAUCCUGGGUCUGGUUAUUUACACUGGUUUCACGAUUCCCACCCGUGACAUGCUUGGUUGGUCCCGAUGGAUGAACUACAUUGAUCCCAUUGCCUACGGAUUCGAGUCCUUGAUGGUCAAUGAGUUCCAUGGCCGCACGUUCCUAUGCAAGACGACCUCUAUGGUUCCGACAGGUGGUGCUUACGACGCUUUGUCAAUUGCCUACAAGAUCUGCUCCACUACCGGUGCCACCGCUGGAUCACAGUAUGUCUCGGGUACCGAUUAUCUCUCUACGAGCUUCGAAUACUAUGACAGCCACAAGUGGAGAAACCUUGGUAUUAUGUUCGCUUUCAUGUUCUUCUUCUUGGCUACUCAUCUCAUUACCACCGAGUACAUCUCCGAGUCCAAGUCCAAGGGCGAGGUCUUGCUCUUCCGUCGUGGACAGACUCCCAAGCACGUCGAGACUGGAGAUAUUGAAAGCACUGAGGUUGUUAGCCCUGCUGAGAAGACCAACGAGACUGGCAGUGAGGAAGUCACCGGCGGCAUUCAACGCCAGACGGCUAUUUUCCAAUGGCAGGAUGUUUGCUACGAUAUCAAGAUCAAGAGCGAAGAACGCCGUAUCCUGGAUCACGUUGAUGGUUGGGUUAAGCCUGGCACUUGCACAGCUUUGAUGGGUGUGUCUGGUGCUGGUAAGACUACACUCUUGGACGUCCUUGCUACUCGUGUUACUAUGGGUGUGGUGACCGGAGAGAUGUUAGUUGACGGUCGCCAGCGUGACCAGUCUUUCCAGCGCAAGACUGGCUACGUUCAGCAGCAAGACUUGCACUUGUACACUACCACCGUUCGUGAGGCUCUUCGGUUCAGUGCUAUCCUUCGUCAGCCUGCCGAGGUCUCUCGACAGGAGAAAUUGGACUACGUCGAGGAGGUCAUCAAGCUUUUGGGAAUGGAAACUUAUGCCGAUGCCAUUGUCGGUGUUCCUGGUGAGGGUCUCAACGUUGAGCAGCGCAAGCGUCUUACCAUCGGUGUUGAACUUGCUGCCAAGCCUCAAUUGCUUCUCUUCUUGGACGAACCCACAUCCGGUCUUGACAGUCAGACUUCUUGGUCUAUUCUUGAUCUCAUCGACACCUUGACCAAGCACGGUCAGGCUAUUCUCUGCACUAUCCACCAGCCCUCUGCCAUGCUCUUCCAGCGUUUCGAUCGCUUGCUCUUCCUUGCUCGCGGUGGAAGAACUGUUUACUUUGGUGAUAUUGGCGAGAAGUCCUCCACAUUGUCCAAUUACUUUGAGAAGAACGGUGCCUCCCCGCUCCCCAGUGAUGCCAACCCCGCCGAAUGGAUGCUUGAAGUCAUUGGUGCUGCUCCGGGAACCCACUCUGAGAUUGACUGGCCUGCUGUCUGGAAGACAUCUCCCGAGCGCCAAGCUGUGCACGAUCACCUGGCCGAAUUGAAGAGCACCCUCUCUGUCAAGCCCACCACUGAACCCGCCAACGAUGCCGCUAGCUACAAUGAAUUCGCUGCUCCUUUCUCUGUCCAACUCUACGAAUGUCUGAAACGUGUCUUCAGUCAAUACUGGCGCACUCCGAUCUACAUCUACUCUAAGGCUGCCUUGUCGAUUCUCACCGCGCUCUACAUUGGUUUCUCCUUCUUCCAGGCCGAGAACAGUCUCCAGGGUCUCCAGAACCAGAUGUUCAGUAUCUUCAUGCUGAUGACCAUCUUCGGUAAUCUGGUUCAACAGAUCAUGCCCCACUUCUGCACUCAGCGCUCCCUCUACGAGGUUCGCGAGCGCCCCUCCAAGACAUACUCUUGGCAGGCAUUCAUGGCUUCCAACAUCAUCGUCGAACUUCCUUGGAAUACCCUCGCUGCUGUCCUCAUCUUCGUUUGCUGGUACUACCCCAUUGGUCUUUACCGUAACGCCGAACCCACCGAUGCCGUUCACGAGCGCGGAGCCCUCAUGUUCCUCCUGGUCUGGUCUUUCCUUCUUUUCACCUCCACCUUUGCCCACAUGAUCAUCGCCGGUAUUGAGCUUGCCGAGACUGGUGGUAACCUUGCCAACCUGUUCUUCUCCCUCUGCCUCAUCUUCUGUGGUGUCCUUGCUACACCCUCGGAAAUGCCGCGCUUCUGGAUCUUCAUGUACCGUGUCUCUCCCUUCACGUAUCUUGUCUCUGCAAUGUUGUCCACCGGUGUCUCCGGCACAGAUGCAGUCUGCGGAGCCGUCGAGUUCCUCAAGAUGAACCCUCCCCCUGGCGAUACUUGCUACCAGUACCUGUCCUCUUACAGGGACACCUAUGGUGGAUACAUCCAAAACCCCAAUGCCACCUCUGACUGCGCUUUCUGCACCAUCGACACGACUGACACCUACCUCGCGGCCGUGGGCAGUUCCUACUCGGAUGCGUGGCGCAACUUUGGCCUUAUGUGGGUGUACAUCAUCUUCAACAUCUGCAUGGCCGUGUUUAUUUACUGGGUUGCCCGUGUUCCCAAGGGUAACCGCAACAAGAGCUCUUAA